GCAGGUCGGCCAAUCAAUAUUCCAAUCACUUAUAACUGCUUGUAAACACAUUUAAAGGCUUACAGCGUUACAAAAGGGGGUUUAAUUAAACAGUUCUGUCAAUGGCUCCCACUUCAACCUUCUCCAUUGCUUUCGUCUGUAUGUAUUUACAAUUCACUGUUUUCUAUUGCUUAUAGAACGUUAUAAUAUAAUUUGUCACGAGUUUGAAGACACUCGACAAGAUUUAUUUAUCUGUUGUACCGUCGAAAGUGGGGGAAGUGAUUGACAGAAAGUAGUUUAUGAGGGAGAGAAAAUUGACUCAAAGUUUCAUUAGUGUUGCAUCGCACUCAUUGAGUGGAGAUAUUGGGGAGGAUAGGGAAGAGGGAAGCAGUCUCUACUGGACCAUUAUCGGAAUAUAUCAUCACCAUAUGGAAUACAAAAAAUGCAUUUGAAAAGGUUCGACAUCCAUUAAGAUGAUGACAAGCGAUUUCUGAGCAGACGCAGAGUGAUAAGGCUAUCGGAAGCUAGCCAUCUUCGUGUACUCCUUGCAGAAGAUUUUUAACUGCGUACCGAAAGCAUGGAAUCGCUCAAUACAACCACUAUUUACGGCGAUCUGCUUAAUACGACACCAUACGACUUCAUUUUAAACAAUGACUCUGAAAUCUCCUUCAACUCUGUAGUGUGCAGUCCAGAACCAAUCGCUGUGAAUGCAACGGAACUGACAGGCCUGGGUAAAUUCAACGAAGCAUACGCCGGAGUCCAUGGUUAUCUCAGUGUUAUGGUGUGCCUUUUUGGAAUGGUUGCAAACAGUGUAAACAUAGUCGUUUUAACCCGUAAAAACAUGCUUUCGUCAACUAAUGUCCUCCUCACAUGGUUAGCGGUUGCUGAUCUCUUCACCAUGCUAAGUUAUUUCCCCUUUGCAUUGCAUUUUUUCAUCUUCAAAGAACCGGAUUUGUUCUAUUUUACGACGAGGUACUUUGGAUGGAUCUGUUUCCUACUUUUUCACGCCAGUUUCAGCAUUGUUUGCCACACCGUGGCCAUUUGGAUAACAAUAGCCCUCGCCAUUUUCCGAUUUCUCUACAUAUGGUUUCCGACAAGGGGAGCGACAUAUUGUUCUCUAGCACGAGCUAAACUCGCUAUUACUGUCACCAUCGUAUCAACAAUAGCAUGCCUCGUUCCCAACUACAUAAUUAACGUGAAUGGAACUAUGCAAAUUUGCGACCCGAAAACGAACACGUACGAAACCAUUCACACAAUCGAAUACCGUUCUGGGAAAGAAUUCAGGGUUCUGGAGAACGUGAACUACUGGGUUCAAGCGAUAUUUGUGAAACUCAUUCCGUGCAUAAUGUUGACGAUUCUGACCGUUUUGUUGAUCGUUGCGAUGCACAGAGCUUACAAGAAAAGGAUGGCUCUGAAGAACCAAGGCAAAAAGGACGAGUCGGACAAACAUAACGAACACAACCGGACAACUCUGAUGUUGUUUACCGUGGUAGUUCUGUUCCUGAUUACAGAGUUUCCGCAGGGUGUGUUAACGCUAAUGAGCAGCUUGAAUAAAGCUUAUCACCGGGAAAUAUACGAGAACUUGGGGAACCUACUGGACAUGAUGGCGCUUUUGAACAACUCGAUCAACUUUGUGCUCUACUGCACCAUGAGCAGGCAGUUCAGGCACACCUUUAUCAGUAUAUUCUGCAAGUGUUGUCCGGAAAACAGGCCUGGAUGGAGAAAGAUGGGCGUCGUUAGUUCGGAGAAGAAUGGAUUUGCUACAGUUACAACACAUGUUUGAGUCACGAUCGCCAUGUACGAAAAUAAAACGCAGACGUAAAACAAAAAGAAAUUGAUACGUGCAUAUCGCAUCACGCCGAUGUAAUUUCACCAUUUCCAUGGUCUGUGUACCUAAAUUGAUCGCAGGAUUGCACACAAUAAGGACAUCGAAAAAACGAUGCAGAUCUGGAGACCAACAAUCACUCCCCGUGUUUUGGGACGAAUCAGGUUGAGUUAAGUCUGCGCAAUUCAUUGUUACUGAUACUACAUGUAUUAGAUCCUAUAUUUAAUUAGAUUACAUCAUAGUAGCAAGAUUUCAAGUUUUUAAAAAUAUUUAUCAGAUGGUUAAAAUGGGUGAAAUUAAAGUUUUAUUGUCUUUUCAAGCUAAUUUUGUUUUCUAAAAAAAUCCAAGAAUUUACCUUUUUUUCUUUAUAAGGUGGUGUAUUUGGAGUAUAAUUUAAUAUUGAUAUUUCAAUGUGUCCCAUUCAGAUUUAAAGCUAUAUACAACAUCCAUUGAUUAGUAAUGUCGAUCUACAAGUUAAUUUUUCGGAGAGUAACAAGCAUAAAAUAUUUCCAUAUUGAUCUGUUACACUGUUACAUUAAGAUCACUUUCAGCCAAAUUGUGUCGUUAACGCACCAGUCAUAUGGAUUGUUUAACGUUUCAAACCCAUUGUUUUAAUGAUCCGGUGAAAUUGGGACUGAAGCUGUUUGUUUAAACAAAAUGUAUUCGCGUGUUACCUAACUUUUUUCAUUUUUUUUUUUUACAAUAAUUGAUAAGAAUGUUACAUUGUUAAUAAGCAUUACUCAUUUUCUGUUCAUUCUCUUAAAAUUCCAAAAGUUUUAGGUUAAUUGUAAAAAAUAAAAUGUGGCAUAACGUAUAAUUGUCAUGCAUAAGUGUCAAUAAAAAACUCAUGUGAAUUAUUUUUCAUUAUUUUUUGUUGUUGUGCUAAUUAUUUAUUUUAACCGAUGCCACUUUCAGUGCGAAAUGAACAGAAUUGCCAUAAAUCAUCAGUGCCAGUGUGAAGUUCAGUGUUAUAAUUACACAUUGUCUUCUUAUAUAACGUUGUAUUUUAUUGUGUUUGGAUUAUAUGUAGAUUAUUUAAUGAUUUAAUUGAAUGAAUUUACAUGUACAUAAUGAAAUUGAUCCGUUAUCCCCCGCACUUAAGUAGUAAAUAAUUUGUGUAUGUACAUGUACAGUUUAUGUGAAAUGAUGCUAGAUGGUGCGAUGAGCAAACUGUUGAUUCUAAUGUUAAAUUUGUAUUUAGUGACGUUAUCAGGGAAUCGU